AUGGGCUACAUGGGUUGCUGGUGUAGCUCAUUUGGGCGCAAGUACAGUGGAACUGUAUCGCCACAACGGGCGGUAAUUAGUGAGCAAGUGUCGUUCGAUAUGGUGCAUUCUUGGAGUCUAUCGUUUGACACACUGAUGAAAUACAGAACCGGACAAAAAUACUUCGCGGAUUUCUUAAAAAGUGAGUAUUCCGAUGAGAACAUUCUUUUCUGGCAAGCAUGUGAAGAGCUGAAACGAGAAAGGAAUUCGGAAAAAAUGGAAGAAAAAGCGAGGAUCAUCUACGAGGACUUCAUUUCCAUUCUCUCCCCAAAAGAGGUCUCACUGGAUUCCAAAGUUCGUGAGAUCGUCAACACCAACAUGUCUCGUCCCACUCCACAUACCUUCGAGGAGGCUCAACUUCAGAUUUAUCAACUGAUGGCCAGAGACAGUUAUCCUCGAUUCUUGACUUCUACCAUGUACAAGAACAUGCGAAACUCAUUUGGUGUCAACGAAUCAGCAACUAUCGACGACGAGCGAGAGCGAGAAGAGCGUGCCGAGCGUGCUCAACGUGCCGAGAUGGGGGAAAUGGCUCGUUUGAACGCAUUGAAUGCCAGUGCAUCGCCCAGAGAAAACGAUGAAACCGAAAUCCAUCACAACUAUCAGAAUUAA